UUGCCAUUUUAACCGCAAAUGGAAGAGAAAGCCAGUGUCUAACGGACUGCAACUUAUAACAGUAGGUGUGAAAUCACUAUGCAUGAUGUGUGUAGGCACGUCCAGCAAUGCUAUAAAGACUCUUUAAGACUGGGUUAAAAUCAGAGCUUGUGAUAUAAUUCUUAGAGUUUUCAUAAUUUUAUUUUGGAGGGUUGUCUCAAAAUAUAUCUACUAGUAAACGCAUAGGGAGUCUUAACAAUGGGAAAACUAUCAACAGUAUUUAAUAUCUUAGCUAUAUUUACCAACGUUGCUUUCUCACAAUCAAAAUGCGCAAAAAGACCAUUUUAUAUGAAGUCUUACUUAUUUCACUCCGAAGACUGUUCCAUGUACUAUAUCUGUUUUAAUGGACGAGGAUUUCUGAUGAAGUGCGACAACGAAGAAGUUUUCGAUAUCGAGUCCACGUCAUGUGUUCGAAGAGGAUCGGAAAUGGACAAGUGUUCUUCACAUUUCGAUAAAGAAUCCCUUCGUUGUUCAGCGUACGACACCGGAUUACUUCCUGAUACUGAGAGUUGUGCCAAGUAUUUUGAUUGUUCCGGCAAGUCACGUGGUAAACCUACCCCACGUGAAUGCCCAUAUCCGUAUCUGUUUGAUUCCAAGUUGAAGUCAUGUCGAUAUUUUACAGAAGUGACUUGUGGAGAUAGACCAGAACCUAAGAAUCCAUGUGACUAUGAUUUGAAACCUUGUAAGGACAACGACUGUUCUGCCUGUCAUUCAAACUAUCCCAGUUGUGUCGAUUUCCCUGAUGGUUUGAACCCUUGGAGGGGUCGGGAGUGGACACCACAUUUCAUAUUGUGUUCAGGGGAGAGAGUUCUCUUCCACGGUGUGUGCUCCGAUUCGCAGAUUUUCCACCCAGACCAAUUAAAAUGUGUAGAAUCGAAUGUACACAAUCUUAGUUAAAACCUUUAAAAUACAUGGUUUAUUGUAUAUGUUGCAUAAAUUAUUUCUAUUUAUUACCAUUGUCCUAUUGUACAUGUUUAAUGAAUUUGGAUCUCAAGUUUAUAUAAUAUAUUCCUUAGUUUAUUGUACAAUCAAUGUAUUGUUAUAUGAAUGUUCAAGUCACGAGAAUUCCAAUUUAGUGUUUGUAUAUUUUGUGUGUUUUGUGUUCUUGAUAUGUGGCAUAAUUCAUGGUUUGAUUCUUUGUAUAUUUUAAUGUCUAUGACUCAUUAGUUACAUAUUUGUGGACCUACUCAAUAUCAACUAUUACAUGUGUGUAUGCUUAUUAGGAUGCUUACCCGUUGUUAAUUAAAACCUUCAAAAGAAGGAUUUCUAAUGCAUCUCUUAAUUUAUUUCCAUUUAAGAAUAGUCAUCGUAUAGUAUUCAUUUAAUGCAUUUAGAUAACAAGUGUUUCUAUUCGUCUCUUAUCUAAUUUUAGCAUUUACUCCAUUUUCAUGUAUUAUUGAUAUAAUAGGAAUGUUCCAGUUUUGAGAAUUUCAAUAUUGAUAUAGAUAGUUUAAAAAUGCGUCAUUGCUAUACUUGACUCUACAAUGUAAUUAUAUUUAUUUGACUGCUUUGAAUGUUACAUGUUUGAUUCAUAUCUGAUGUACAAAUAGACUCACAAUCAAUAUCUGCUAACACAAAAUCUUGAUAAAAAAUGUAAAAUAAAGAAUAAUGAUUUAUUUGAUAAAUACAAA